AUGUCGCUAGAGCUGGGGCCUCCGGACUACUGGCCGUUGCAGGCGGGCUGCUGCCCGGAGGACAGCCUGGACCCCUCAACCUUGGCGGGCGGCUACAAGUGGGGAGCGGAUGCGUUCCGAAUCACAGAAGCCUACGAGUCGCUCCUGUCUCUCACCUGCCACAGCACCUACUGGGAGCCGCACAGUGUUGCAGCGCUGCGCCAGUGCAUUCACAGCCGGCUGGCCGCGGUCCACAGGCAGCGCUCGGCAGCUGUGGCUGCAGCGGAGGGGGACUCGUUCGACCGGCCCCUGGGCAAGGCCGCCGCGGUCGAGGGCGUCGGUACGUUCAUGGCACCGCAGCUGGCGGGGCCGCUUGAGCGGCAGCUGUGGCUCCAGGACCUGGCAAGAAGCUGCUCACUGGAGGAGCUGGCAGCACGUGUGCCGGACGGCAUCCCUGGGUGA